AUUGAUGCAAUCUUUGCUCGCUCGUGCUGCAUUUGGCUCAUCCAACAAGGGUGUGGUUCCGGCUUUUUAGCUGGGACGCACCUGCAACAUGCAGUUGGGGAAUAAAGUCCUUUCACCUGUCCCACACGCACCUCAACGGAUGCAUGGUUCACAGGCAGGUCACGGCCACGGCCACGGCCACGGCCACGGUAGGGCAACGCUUCGAACGCAGCCAACGACCAUCUCCAAGAUUGGUCAAAGACAGCAGAAGCCCACUUGGAUACAUCCAACUUUCUUGAAAAUCACCCGCUCCAUCGUGGAGCACAGAUUGUUCUCCCUACUAACAGCUCUCCUCACUAUUUAUGCGCUGACUGGCGAUGACAUGCGCCUUAUAUUCACUCAUCAGCCUGCAGAUCCAGUCUUCGAUGGCUUGACGCUGCUUUGCAUAGUUGUCUUUGUUCUAGAGAUCGUUCUGUGCAUGUUCGCAAAGGACGACUACUUCCUCAGCUUUUUCUUUGUCCUAGAUGUUAUAUCCACCGUCACUCUAGUCAUUGACUUGACCUGGGUCAACGACAGUCUUCAGGGCAGUGAAGAGGACAUGUCCAACGAUCGUGUGUCUGGCACUGCCAAAAUCGGCACUAGAACAUCACGAGUCGUUCGGGUGUUGAGGCUGAUCCGAAUCAUUAAGCUGUACAAAGCCAUUUAUGAAGCAAGACAGCUGCAGAAGAAGAAGGAGGAGAUUGCGAAGCAAGCAACAAUGGAUACACAACUUUAUCCAGGAAAUGAGGAUGAUGACGACUCCUAUGAUGACAUGGAGGUGCAGCAGGCUAGCAUGACCAGGGUACCUGGCAAAGAGAGUAGAGUUGGCAAGAAACUCUCAGAGAAGACCACUCGACGGGUAAUUCUCCUCGUCCUAGUCAUGAUGUUGGUGCUCCCGUACCUCAAGGUGGAAGAUGCUCAGCAGUUUCCAACCUCAGCGGGUUAUGGUGCCGACAUCAUCAAUGAGGCCUUCAAUCAAUACUUAGAAAGUAACACCACAGAGGACAAGACCAAGUAUGACAAAGCGUUGCUUCAGUACGUUUACUAUCACAACUGGUUCACAAAGCAGCUUCCGACAGGGUGUCCGUUCGAUACCUCAGACUGUGCGGUCAACUUUGACUCCCAUGUUUUUUGGGUUGGAUUUGUCGGAAAAAACCAGUCUGUCCUCUUAGACAGGGCUUCGAAAGCUCGGGUUGAUUCCAGCUCCGUGUCAGACAUGGAGACCUUGGUGACCAGCACCAUGCAGUCAAAAAGCACGGCCUGGAUCUACAUUUUCGGGCACAUGCCAGCGAAGGUGCAAACGAUUUUGAGUCUCAGCUGGAGCAACAAUUGUCCAUUGCAAAGCGACUCGUCAGACAGAAAGAGACGAGGAAUCUCCAUACUGGAAGAGACCUUCACAGAGGAUCCUUGGAAUGUGGACUAUGCUGUCCCAUGCCCUGAGAACUUGCGGAGGGCUGAAAGGAAGAAGUACACACCGCGUCUGAAUGUUGCGUCCUCUGAAUUUGAGGAGUUGCAUUUCGCGUUCUAUUUCGACCUUCGGCCUUUUGUCAAACAGGAAUCCUUGUUCAAUCUUUUGACGGUGCUCUUCGUAUGCAUUAUGCUGCUUCUAGCUUCAAUCGGCUUCGCCAACGAUGCAAACCGCUUGGUCUUGUACCCUGUCGAGAACAUGAUUGCGAAGGUCGAAACUAUCCGCAACAAUCCAUUGCAAGCAAUGAAAGUUGCUGAUGAGGAGUUCAAGGUUGAAGAGAUCAACCGGGCUAAAGCUGCAAAGCAGGAAAAGUCACGUCUUCAGGUCGUGAUGGAAUGGACUGGAUGUUCAUCAAAGAAAGACAACACAGAAAUCAUGGAGACAGUGAUUCUGGAGAAGACCAUUAUUAAACUUGGGUCUCUGUUAGCCCUUGGCUUCGGGGAGGCUGGUGCGAACAUCAUUGAGCACAACAUGCAUGGCGUCGACAGCGCUUGCGUUGAUGCCAUGGUGGAAGGCACCCGUGUGGAGUGCAUCAUUGGUGCGACGCGCAUUCGAGACUUCAGCACAGCUACUGAGGUGCUCCAGGCAAAGGUCAUGACCUUCGUGAAUCAGAUCGCAGAGAUCGUCCACGGAGUGGUAGAUGAGUUUCACGGAGCAGCCAACAAGAACAACGGUGACACUUUCUUGAUGAUUUGGCGAAUGGGUGACAUCGACAAGGUAUCAAAGCUUGCUGACAUGUCCAUCCUGGCGUUCACAAGGAUAUUGGGAGCCAUUCACCGAACACCGGUGCUGGCAGCAUACAGAGGUCAUCCGGGCCUACAACAACGGCUUGGAAAGGACUGCAGGGUCAACCUCAGCAGCGGCCUCCAUUAUGGCUGGGCCAUUGAAGGGGCAGUUGGCAGCGAGUUCAAGAUCGAUGCGUCCUACCUAUCGCCAAAUGUCAGCAUCGCUGAGACUGUGGAGCGUGCCACACAAAUCUAUGGUGUCAGUGUGCUGGUUGCAGAAUCUGUGGUGUCAAUUUGCUCCACUCCAAUGGCGACGAAAUGCCGAUUGAUUGAUCGAGUCAUCAUCACUGGGUCCGUUGUCCCCAUGGAUUUGUACGUCAUAGACCUUGACUACUUGGGCCUUACAGUUGAGCAGCCUCUUGGUCCUCAGCGCUGGACAACCCGAGAUAGAUUCAAGGUACGACAAUUCUUGGAAAAUGAGAAGGAGCAGAAGUGGGCCGACGGGGUCAAGAUGGUAAAUCUGUUCAACGAGAACGCAGACAUAGCCUCGAUGCGCUUCCGCUACACCCUUGAGUUUAUUCAUGUGUUCAACAUGGGCUACCAGAACUACUCCCAGGGUGAAUGGCAGGUUGCACAAAGACUGCUUCAGCGCACAAGGGAUAUGCUCGGUGUAGAGGACGGACCCAGUGUUGCUUUGCUGAAGUUCAUGGAGAGAACCAACUACGAGGCUCCAGACACUUGGCAAGGCAUCAGAGAUCUGGGUCACGCAUCUUUGUCCUGACGUGUCCUGACCCGAUUUUCCUCGGCAAGUUGGCCUUCAAAGCACUGACAUCACAUCUAUUCAGAGCUCAAGCAUCUCGAGUCUCGAGCAUCACUUGUUUGAUGAACCCUUGCUGUAAUUGCAUACAUAUCAUACAUUUGCGCCGAAAAGAAGAAUGAAAUUCUCUUUGGUUUCACGAAUGAUAGAGAACACUCGCACCACUGCAAAACGCAGCUUGGUGCAGAAAGGCGCGGUUUGCAACACGUUUGGCGUGUUUCUCUAUCGGUCGCUAUGAUAGUCAUAUU